GGGGAGUCAUUUUUCGCCGCUCUAAUCCCGCCCCCAACCCCGCGGUGUAUGCGGAAUGGUUCCGUCCGGAACUUAAACUGUUUGGUGGGAAGCUGUUUCAGUUCAACAGCUCCAACAGAACGCUUAACAAAAUGAGAAAGAGCCGAGGUUCCAAAGCGCCAUCAGAUCCAGUGGAGAAGAACCUGAUGGACUCUCAUCUGUCUGACAUAGACCAAGCCAGCUUUUUCCAUGGACUGCAGCAGAACAAUAGUAACCCUCUUCACAGCACUGCAUUGGAGGUAAAUGUGGACGUCCAAGAGGAGAGACAAUUGGGCCAAAAACCAGGUCAAAGAGAUGAGAAUCUUGCAGGCCAAAAGCAGGGAGCUGCUGUGAAGAGAAAGGAGCCAGGAGGAGGUCGGGAGAAGAGAAAGAGGAGCAGGGCCAAUACUGGAGGGAAGGCACAAAACAGACCAGCUCAGAGGCGGCAGCUGGAGAAGGACCACAGAGCGGCUGAAUCAGCUGCGGAGAAGACCGCAGAGUCUGAGGGGCAGUCUGACUCAGAAGGAGCCAGGAAGAACCGUAGGAGUCUCCGUUCCUCUGAUGAGGAAUCCAAUGAAGGCAGCAUUUGGAAACCAAGUCCAAAGGACCCUAGAAGACGCCGUUUCAGUAGAAAGUCUUCAUCAGAAGCUCCUAAAGGAGCAGGCAGUGAAAGGCAGAAGAAACGCAGACAUGUUGGCCGGGGGGGAUCCCAGUUAGAGGUGGUGCUGGAAACCUUGCUGGACUUCUGCCAGGAGUAUGGAGAGUCUGUGGAGUCCGCAGCAGUCAGAGUGUUCAUUGGUUCUUUCUCCAAAAAUGCGAAAGCUCAGCUCAUGGAAAAGAUCUCUUCUCUUAAGGAGCUCAAGUCGAUAAAAGGAGAGAACACAAAGGUGGGCUCUUUGAUUCAAACAAAGACACGGACACUGUUAAACGCCAAACAGGAGCUGAUGAGAGCAGAGAGGCAGCGGUGGCUGCUGGAGAAGGAAAAGGCUGAGCUCCAUCAAAGACUGGGUGAUCUAAGAAGAGGCAAAGCAUUUCUCCAUGACAUCAGAGAGCUCACCACACAUUACCUGGCCCACCGACGCAAGCACCCCACUGAGAAAGAGACGUUCGGAGCAUCCAGUUUACCGGCUCUGUUGUUGGAAACAAAGCUCAUUCGGAGACCAAGGGUGCCUCCGAGAGAAGUCGGUAAACCAUUGAAGAGGGCUAAGAAAUAAUGACUUGUGCCUUAUUAUGUUCACACAGCAUUUUAACGCAUGUAACCGCAAUGUAAAAGCUUUUUAGAAGAUAAAGAUGUUCAAUAAAAAUGUUCCCAUUA